AUGGGAGAUCAAAAUCAGCUUCUUAAGGAUUUCGCAGCCCCAAAUUCUCAAGGCACACAGUCAAGCAUUACAAGGCCCAAUGUUGAAGCUAAUAACUUUGAGCUGAAACCAUCACUGCUCUUAAUGGUUCAGCAUAAUCGGAGGAGAUUAUUUCCGUUCUCUCUAAGGGACAAGGAUAGGGCUUGGUUGCACUCAUUGCCAACUGGGUCCAUCACCACUUGGGAUCAAUUGUCCAGAGCGUUUCUUGCAAAGUAUUUUCCUCCAAGUAAAACAGCACAGAUGAGGAACCAAAUCACAAGCUUUGUACAGAAGGAAGGAGAGUCACUUUAUGAAGCUUGGGAACGCUACAAGGAAUUAUUGAGUAUGUGCCCUCAUCAUGGAUUGGAGAAGUGGUUAAUUGUUCACACCUUCUACAACGGGCUCACUUACAACACACGGAUGACUGUUGAUGCUGCUGCAGGAGGAGCUUUGAUGAACAAAACAAUAGACGAGGCAUACACUCUCAUUGAAGACAUGGCUCAGAAUCACUAUCAAUGGGCGAACGAGCGUGCUCCUCAUACAUCAAUAGGAGGCAAGUAUGAAAUAGAUGCUUUAGACCAUAUAUCCUCUAAAGUUGAUGCUUUAUUUAAGAAAGUUAAGUAUGAAAUAGAUGCUUUAGACCAUAUAUCCUCUAAAGUUGAUGCUUUAUUUAAGAAAGUUGAAGGUUUGAGUAUUAAUUCUGUGGCAGACCAUAUAUCCUCUAAAGUUGAUGCUUUAUUUAAGAAAGUUGAAGGUUUGAGUAUUAAUUCUGUGGCAUCUACUUCAAUUUCAUGUGAGAUAUGUGGCUAUGUGGGUCAGUCUGCACUUCAAUGUCAAUUAGGAAACCCCCCAUCCAUUGAUACUUCUGGUAAUGAGCAAGUUAACUAUGUUAAUAACUUUAAUCAGAAGGGAGACCCAUUCUCUAAUACUUAUAAUCCGAGAUGGAGGAAUCAUCCUAAUUUAUCUUAUAGAAACCCACCUGAAAAUCCCAUGCCCGCAUCUAAUUUUGGUCCUCCUGGUUUUCGUCCCCCUCAAUCCAAUUUCCCUUCUCAAAAGUCAAAUUUGGAAAAUAUGAUGGAGAAGUUUGUGAUGACUCAAUCGAAAUUGAAUGAAGAGUUUAAGCAACAACUACAAACCACGAAUGAGGUAGUAAAACAAUUGGCCUCUAAGAUGGAUUCCCUAGCUACACAUAACAAGAUGUUAGAGACACAAAUCACUCAAUUGGCGCAAAAUGUUAGCUCUUCUUCUAGGCCUUCAGGUAUGCUACCUGGACAACCCGAGACGAAUCCCAGGGGUCAUGUGAAUGCUAUAAACCUUAUGAGUGGAAAACAAUAUGAGGGACCUAAGAUGAAGGAAAAUGAUGGGGUGGAUGGUCAUCAUGAAGAGAAAAACAAAAAUGUGAUAGAUGUGAAUAAUGAGACCCAGAUGCAGGAAGAAGAAAAAGUUGAGAAAUAUGUGGCUCCCGCUCCUUAUAAGCCUCCUCUACCCUUUCCACAAAUGUUAGCUAAGGCUAAGUUAGAAAAGCAGUUCGGAAAAUUUUUGGAGAUUUUGAAAAAGUUGCACAUCAAUAGCUAA